GUCUGAAAAUUGCCCGACUGGUGACCCUCGUCCAUGGGGACUUGCACCAUCUUGGACAACUAGAAGCCUUGCAUGCCUUGGCUCGCGUUAUGGUGGCUCUGGAGCCGGCACCAUGUUACGUGUGCCAGGGGGACGAGGCUCCCCGAGUCGCUGUCACCUUGCACAGGAAGAAAGGUGGCAAAGUGCUGCGGAAGGUGAGGCUGGCCGGGUGUCAGACGGGGAGGCGGAAUGUGCCUGGGGAGUGGGCGGCGUAGCAGGCGUGUCGGGGAACUGCCAUCGGCGGAGAGGCGGAGAUAGAGGGGAAAUGUGUUACAGGGAGCCUCCGAAAAUCUUGCGAAGCAGUUCCUCCCCCGGCGAGGAGGAAAGCCCCUCCCCCAGUGAAGAAGAGGUGCAGGGACCAGGGGAUGCUAGGGAGAGCCUCAACACACUUUUAUGCUGGGGGAGGUACAAAAACCGGCCACUCCCAGAUUCUGCUAGCGAUUGAGCCAGACAUGAACUUAUGACGCUCUGCACUGUAAAUAGUUUGCACCAAGAAUAGGUAAAGGUAAAGGGACCCCUGACCAUUAGGUCCAGUCGUGACCGACUCUGGGGUUGCGGCGCUCAUCUCGCUUUACUGGCCGAGGGAGCCGGCGUACAGCUUCUGGGUCAUGUGGCCAGCAGGACUAAGCCGCUUCUGGCGAACCAGAGGAGCGCAUGGAAACGCCGUUUACCUUCCCGCCGGAGCGGUGCCUAUUGAUCUACUUGCACUUUGACAUGCUUUCGAACUGCUAGCUUGGCAGGAGCAGGGACCGAGCAACAGGAGCUCACCCCGUUACGGGGAUUCGAACCGCCAACCUUCUGAUCAGCCAGUCCUAGGCUCUGUGGUUUAACCCACAGCGCCACCUGCGUCCCUUGCACCAAGAAUAAAGCCUGGAAAAGACAGGUCGGAGUCCUGCCUGUUUACUCUCGAGCAACCACACCCGCACCUGAUAAGGCGUAAAUCCUGCCUCCUGAGAAUACACAGUUUCCUUGCACCAGAGUUAACUUCCCUUACUAGGUGUGAUUUAGUGCUGACCUGCUCCUGACACCCCUCGCCCCUCUUUGCUCCCUCCCAGAAAGAACGCUUUACGCUGCUUCCGGGUUUUCUCCUGAAGCACCUUGGCGAGGUGCCACGGGACGGCGUUUCCGAAGGGGGCCGUCCAGAGGAUGGCAAAGCUUCGCCUACG